ACCAGAAGAAAACCCAUCAUCUUCACUGACCGGGACCUCCCACCUACCGGUGAAGAUCUUAAUGAUCCUUUGGUCAUCACCAUGGACAUUAAUGGGGUGGACGUCGCCCAGGUACUAGUUGACACCGCCAAUAGUGUCAACAUUCUGUACUUGGAGACUUUCCAAAAACUCAGGUUGUGUCACACACAACUUGAACCCCUCAAAACCCCUCUCUCAGGCUUCACGGGAGAUACAGUGGAAGCCGAAGGGUCCAUAGUUUUACCGGUCGAACUAGGAUCGAGUGAGAAAACCGUAUGGAAGAAGAUGCGGUUCAUCGUUGUGGACAUCAAAUACGUCCACAACGCAAUCUUUGGAAGGCUAGGCAUCAAUAAAGUCGGGGCAGUGAUUUCCAUGCCACACCUGUGCAUGAAGUUCCACACUCCAGGUCGUGUGGGAGAGAUGAAAGGCGACCAAAGGAACGCCCGGGAAUGCUAUACCUGGGUAGUUAAGAAGAUGACCAAAGGAGUCAACGUAAUCUCCCAAGAAAUCACAAAGGAAGAGACCCGGGAGAAACUUGAGCCCGAGGCCAAGAUGGUGGAGAUUGAACUCCACCCGGGUGAUUCUUCAAGGACAGUCAGAAUUGGAGCAAAUAUCCCAGAAGAGCUCAAGAUGGAGAUUACACGGGUGCUCCAAAAAUACACGGACAUAUUUGCAUGGAGCGUGGCGGAUAUGCCCAGAAUUGACCGCUCAAUCAUUUGUCAUCGGCUGGCGGUGAGGGAUGGAAGUCGACCGGUACGUCAGAUCGAAGAAGAGGUACCUAGCCAGUGACCGGAGAGACUUCGUUAGGAAGGAGGUGAAGGACCUCCUCAGUGUUGGCCAUAUCCGGGUGCUUAACAAACAGUUUACAACUCGAGCACUUGAAUCCCACAAGCCUCGACACAACUGCUCGCAGAUAUGCCCUCUACAAAACUUUACAACCAAGACUUAAGUCACAUAAAUUUUGAACAACAAGAAGAACAAUCUUCUUCAACCUCUCAACAUAAACUCUCAAAAGAGUAGAAAUGAGAAAUGAUUAAAGCUCUAAUGGAUGA